AUGGACGAAUAUCUAGGCGGUGCAAUGUCCAAAACCGGUGCGAUAAAAUUACGAGAUAAUCUAAUUUCAAUUAUGAGUAAAGCCGGUUUAGAACUGCGUAAAUGGUUAUCUAAUGACCCGGAAUUAAUAGUCGACGUGCAUUCCGACAACAAUAGUAUAAGAGCUAUGGGCGAACUAAUGACAAAAAUACUAGGUUUGCAUUGGAAAUCAGAUGAUGAUAUGUUAUUCUACACGGUACAGCAGGUGGAGGUCAAUGCCCCGAUAACUAAAAGGAAAAUAUUAUCCGAAAUCGCAACAAUAUUUGAUCCGUUAGGGUUACUCGGACCUGUUAUUAUAAUCGCCAAAAUUAUUAUGCAAAGUUUAUGGCAAUUAAAGAUUAAUUGGGAUGACGUAUUACCCGAUAAUAUUUGUGUAGAAUGGCAAAGAUACCGAGGCGGAUUACCAUCGUUAAAUCAUUUAAGAAUACCACCAUGA